CUCCAAUUAAGUAUACGAGUGAGAUUAAUAAGCAAUAUAACAAUCUUUUACAGUUUAUUACCUACAAGUGAAAAGUAAACCCAGCAGAACAUAGCAAACAAUAAUGUUAUUUCACUCACAUAACUUCUGUAAGUCUCAGUAGCAGCGCCAGCAUUCCGAGACUGGGAGUACAAGAUUGUUGUGGUAAAACUUUAAACAAUAUUUAUUGGAUAAUGGAGACUUUCCGGAAAAUAGCGUCCGACCGAUCGAGACUAAAUCGGUUGAACUCGUUUUGUGAUGCAUGAUUUCAUCAUCACAGUCGACAUUUCCCAUUUAUGAUAUAGGUGAUAAUAUUUAGUAUACAUUAAUAGUUAUUGUCAACAAAGAACAGUAGGAAAUUGAGCAAUUAACCGUGUACGAGUAUCUUUAUUAGUAGAACCAGCUGACACAGAAGAUCUAGUAGUAUAUUGCAGAUAAAACUGUUUCGAUAAUCAACUUCAUCUUUUCAAUAUGGUAGGCACCUUGUUAUUCAAUGCUUGUAUCAGGCAAAAUAAUGCGAAAUUACUGUCGAAUUUAUGGAUUUCAACCAACGGAAGAUUGAGUUCUUCAUUGGCCGAGACUAAGAAUAUUUUGUCUAAUGAACUGAAUGGUAUUCGAGAGGCAGGGACAUGGAAAGCCGAAAGAGUCAUAACUUCAAAACAGAAGUCUGAAAUUCGUGUAAAAGGAAAUCAGCAACCAAUAAUGAACUUUUGUGCAAACAACUAUCUCGGCUUAUCAGCUAAUGAAGAGGUUAUAGAAGCAGGAAAGAAGGCAUUAGAUUCCCAUGGUGCUGGGUUAAGUUCUGUGCGUUUUAUUUGUGGCACUCAAGACAUUCACAAAGACCUUGAAGCCAAAAUUGCAAAAUUUCAUGAAAAAGAUGAUGCCAUUUUAUAUGCAAGUUGUUUUGAUGCAAAUGCUGGGCUAUUCGAAGUUUUGCUGACCCCAGAAGAUGCUGUUAUUUCUGAUGAAUUAAACCAUGCUUCCAUUAUUGAUGGUAUUCGACUGUGUAAAGCAGAAAGAUUGAGAUACAAGCAUCGGGACAUGGCCGAUUUAGAGAAUCUGUUGAUAAAAACUAAAGGAAGUCGACAGCGUUUGAUAGUGACAGAUGGUGUAUUUAGUAUGGAUGGUAAUGUUGCUCCAUUAAAAGAAAUAUGUGAUUUGGCUGACAAACACAAGGCCUUAGUAUUUAUUGAUGAAUGUCAUGCUACAGGUUUUUUUGGUAAAACUGGUCGUGGCACUGAAGAACAUUGUGGACUGACUGGACGGGUGGACAUCAUCAACUCAACACUUGGUAAAGCUUUAGGUGGUGCUGCUGGUGGUUAUACUGCCGGUCCAAAAGAGUUAAUAGAUCUGUUGCGACAAAGAUCCAGGCCAUAUCUUUUCUCUAAUACCCUCCCUCCUCCUGUCGUAGCGUGUGCCAGUAAAGCUUUUGAUUUGGUGAUGAAAAAUGUAGAUUUACCACAGAAAGUUCUCAAAAAUACUCAACAGUUCCGCAAGAGAAUGACUGAAGCAGGUUUCACUAUUGGAGGUGAUAAUGAACACCCUAUUUGUCCUGUCAUGUUAGGUGAUGCAAGAUUAGCUUCCACGUUUGCUGAUAAAAUGUUGGAGAAAGGAAUUUAUGUUAUUGGUUUUAGUUUUCCAGUUGUUCCUAAAGGAAAGGCCAGAAUCAGAGUUCAAAUUUCUGCUUCACAUAGUUCAAAAGAAAUUGAUCAUGCAGUAGAUUCUUUUAUUGAAAUUGGCAAAGAACUUGGUGUGGUAAAUUAA